AUGUGCUACUACGGAGGAUACUAUGGAGGCCUGGGCUGUGGCUAUGGUGGCCUUGGCUAUGGCUAUGGCUGUGGCUAUGGCUGUGGCUAUGGCUGUGGCUAUGGUGGCUAUGGUGGCUAUGGUUAUGGCUGCUGCCGUCCACUGUGCUGUGGAAGAUACUGGUCUUAUGGAUUCUACUGA